GGAUGCCGAUGGGGCAACGACCACGACGUGGUCUUUGGAGUCAGAAGCCCAAGCCUUCGUGGACUGGGUGAUCGUUGAAGGUGGCAUCUUGCCGAAGGCGUGUCAAGUCCUGGCUGAAAGACCCGACAUCGUCCAGGAAAAGGCCUAUCGGCAGGCUUUGUCGCGCUGCCAAGUCAGCUGUGAGCCAGUGCCCUUUGAAGAGUGCCUUGAUUGCACUGUGCCGGUCCAGUGCUGUAAGUACGUACAGGUGCACUUCUGCGGUGACGGACACGUUGUGAAGGUGUCUCUGGCGAAAAAGAAGCGUGAGAUGCAGCGGCAGUUCUCCUGGCUCAAGGCAUUGGUAAAGCUACCCGGCUUGGAUAAGUCGAUUCUGGCAGACAUCCAGUACGUGGCGGGGCCGAUAAAGGACUGCGCGGAGUUCUUCAACCACAUGCCGGGAGACAUCCAUGUCAGAAUGGGUCCUUAG